CCCAGUGGGGGACAACCUUUUGAGUUCACUGCAGCCUUCAUGACAAUACUGCACUCCGUCACUCCCUGAAAAUGCAAUUAAAACCUGCCUGCCUUGUCUGAAUCACUGUGUUGCAAUUCCCCUCCCCUCGCCUGCAGCCAGAUGCUCUCCCUUCCCUUUAUGUGCAGCUUGGAGUUGGGGUCACUCUCCUUUGGGGCCAUCCCAAAUCUCCCAUCACCCCAAAACCCCUCAAUGCCCCCCUGGUGGUCUCCACCCAAACAAAAACACCAGCAAUGCACAGAAAGCAUAGAAAAUAAGAUGCUGCCAACACAGCUCUAAUGGAUGACUGCGCCCCGUGAGAAGGGCUGUGCACUUAAAGGAAUGAAAUGAGCUGGAAAGCACUGAAAUGACCUCUGGGCUGCUCCUGCCAGGAAAGAGUUAAGGAAUGAUUCAGCCGACCCUACAUUUGACUCUUCACCACAAGGCUCUGGGUGGUUGUAGCAGGAAAUGGUAUUAAACAGAAGGGUGUGGGGGAAACAUGUUAGAGCAGCACAGAAAAAUCUGGUGAAAAGGUAAAAAAACUACGCCAGAUGGGAUGGAAAAUCCUUUCUUCCCAUUCAUCUGACAACUCACAGAUCCAGGGGGUCCUGAGUGGAGGGAGGGGGAACCCCAGAGCCCCCCCAGAGACCCUGUGGGCAUGAGCCAGGAGGGAACCCCAGCAAAAAGAGAGAAGAAAAUGACAGCACACAAGAGAUUUCUUCCCAAAGAUGGAAAUACUGAAGUCUUGCAACCCCUGCACCCCACUGCCCCCUGCAUUUUCACACCAUGCAUUUCACUGCUCAAAUCCAAGCCAUUCCUGCUCCAAAUCCUUCACCUGUAACUUCAGUACAACAAAUGAGGCACUCGGUGUCAAAGCUCAGGGCCAGGUGGGGAGCCUGAGAAGAAUUUCCUUACUUUUGCGGUUUGUCAGCCACUAAAUUUGUUUGAGGUUUCUUGCUGUCGUCUUCAAAGCGUUCUGCGAUGCCUCUCUCGUGUGAGAUGGAGAGCUCUCAGCAUUUUCCAGGCUCAGGACGGAAUGCCUCCUGCACAAGGGCCCUCUGAGCCAGCUUGCUGCUCUCUGAUACCUAAAGGCCAGAUUUUACAACAGGAGGAGAUGCUUGAUGGUGAAAUAGGAGGAAAUCAUUAAAGAGAGGAAGCCCAGCCCGUCGCCCUGACACCUGAUUGUGAGAGCGGGGACCUCUCACCACCAACACCAGCAGCACCUGCGCACAGCUGGAUGAUGUUGGACAUGGCCACCAUGGCCAGGCCAUGGCUCUGGCUCUGGCUCUGCCUGCAGCUCCCAGGUUUCUGUACAAAUCUACUUUCAUCCCAGACUCCAGGGCAUAUCUUAGCCCAGACAAACAGCAGCACAGAAAUCAUCUGCCCGAUGAAGAGGGAUCACACUGGGCUCUAUUGGUACCGCUGGAACCAGGGCAGGCAACACUUUGAGUUCUUGCUAUUUUCCAAUCCUCUGGGAAAAGCCACAUAUGGCGCAAACGUCAGCCAGGAGAAGUUCAGCAUUCACGGGAUGAGUUCCCACCACUCCUCCAGGCUGCACAUCAGCCGGCUGCACGGCUCCGACAACGGCACCUACUACUGCUGCACCAUCCAGUCCUCCGAGCUCAUCCUGGGCACUGCGACCCAGCUCAGCGUGGUCGAUGUUUUGCCUCUGCCUCCAGUGUCCACGGUGGCCCCAUUCACCAAGAAACCCACACGAUGCAAAGCCAUCAACAAGAAAGGUGCCUGCAGCCUCCUGGUCUGGGUCCCACUGGCUGCCACUGCCCUGCUGCUCCUGCUGAGCCUGAUCCCCACCAUCCGCCGCUUCUAUCGUAAGCAUCGUACCCUGGUACAGCCUGGGAUUGGGGUGGGGAGUGUGUGGAGAGCUGGGGGUCCCAAAGCUGAUUGGCACCAUUUCCCCACAGGACUAAGGAGGAGGCUGUGGCUUCGAGUCCACAGAAAGUAA